CCACCUUCGAUUUGCUCGAGCCAACAACACCCAUCCUCGGUGCCGCUCACCUCACCACCACCACCACCCCUUCUAUCCUGUCUUCAGUUUCCUGCAUGCGCUUCCUCUUUGCAUGUUAACUCAGUAGCAAGGCUGCCAACGCGUUCCUUGCCUAUCGUUUUCCUCUUCAGUUUCCCACCCUCGGCUUUCGAGCCUUUGCCUUCUAAAAUUAUUCAAGGCACUUCCGUCUUUUCGCGAGGGCCUGCAAUGGACGGUAUCUUAUCGAACGGCAACGGCAGUGUGGAAGGGCGGGCGAGGAAGCAGGGUCCAACGGGCGAGCUAGCGGCGGUAGAGAGCCUAGCGGACGGGCUGACAGGCGCGCGGUUGGGGGGCGCUCUCGAUCACGCGGACUCGGCGGACGCGGAGGAGCGGCGGGUGCUGCCGCCGACCGACCCGAUGGUGACGUCACUGCUGACGGAUAUGUACCAGCUGACCAUGGCGUACGCGUACUGGAAGGCGCAGAAGCACAACGACCACGCCGUGUUCGACCUGCUGUUCCGCAAGAACCCGUUCGGCGGGGAGUACACGCUGUUCGCGGGGCUCGAGGAGUGCGUGCGCUUCGUCGCCAACUUCCGAUUCUCGCCCGCCGACGUGCAGUACCUGCGCACCAUCAUGCCGCCCUCGUGCGAGGACGCGUUCUUCGACUACCUGCUCACGGUGGACUGCUCGUGCAUCCGCAUCAUGGCGCUGCCCGAGGGCUACGUCGCCUUCCCCCGCGUGCCCCUCAUGCGCGUCGAAGGGCCUCUACUUGUGGCGCAGCUGCUGGAGACGACGCUGCUGGUGCUCGUCAACUACGCGUCGCUCGUGGCCACCAACGCCGCCCGCCACAGGCAGGUGGCGGGGCCCAAGAAGAUGCUCUUCGAAUUCGGACUCAGGCGCGCCCAGGGCCCUGAUGGUGCCGUGUCUGCAUCGCGCUAUUGCUUCAUGGGGGGGUUCGAUGCCACCAGCAACGUGGAGGCGGGGCGCAUAUUCAGCAUCCCCGUCAAGGGCACACACUCGCACGCCUUCGUCUCCUCCUUCCUCACGUUGGACGAGAUCAAGGAGCGGUCGCUGCCAGCAGCAGACGGCUCCCACGUGUGCCGUGACUUCGUGGCGCUCGUGCUCUCCUUCCUGCACCGCAUGCAGGAGAGUGAGAAGCUGAGGGACCUUUUUGCGGAGACCAACCAGAGCGAGCUGGCUGCAUUUGUCUCGUACGCCCUGGCGUUCCCCACGCAUUUCCAGGCGCUCGUCGACACCUACGACGUGCUGCGCAGUGGCGUGCCCAACUACUGUGCCGUCGCCCUCGCUCUGCAUCAACUAGGGUACCGCGCGCUGGGCAUUCGCCUGGACUCGGGCGACCUGGCGUACCUGUCGCAGCAGGCGCGUCUCUUCCUGCGGCAGUGCGAGGCGCUGUUCCAGGCCGAGGGGCUGAGCGCCGCCGUCAUCACGGCCAGUAGCGACAUCAACGAGGCCACACUGGAGGCCCUCAACAAACAGGGCCAUGAGAUAGACGCGUUUGGCAUCGGCACGCACCUGGUGACGUGUGUGAAGCAGCCGGCGCUGGGAUGUGUGUACAAGCUGGUGGAGAUCAACGGCCAGCCGCGCAUCAAGCUCAGCCAGGACUUCGACAAGGUGACCAUCCCUGGCAAGAAGUCGUGCUACCGCCUGUACGGCAGGGAGGGCUACCCUCUAGUGGACCUCCUCAUGAUGCCCUCUGACCUGCAGCCUCAGGUGGGCGAGCGCAUACUGUGCCGGCACCCGUUCAGCCAGUCCAAGCGCGCCUUUGUGGUGCCGCACCGGGUGGAGCCGCUGUACCGCUGCUUCUGGCGUGGCAGGCAAUUCACACUACCGGAGGGGCAGGUGGAGGAGGAGAGUGCGGGGGUGGAGCGGCUGCCAACGCUGGUGGAGGUGAGGGAGCGCUGCAGGGAGCAGAUCACAGGGCUGCGCCCGGACCACAUACGAGGACUCAACCCCACGCCCUACAAGAUAAGUGUGACUGACCGGCUCUACAACUUCAUCCAGGACUUGUGGAUGACGGAAGCGCCUGUGGGCCAGCUCGUGUAAUGCGCUUUCUGCAUGUGUCACUCCGCUGCUACCACGCUCAAGCCGUCUGCCACCAACACGUCCCGUAGGUUCCACCGGUGACAUUUACGAGCAAUCCUCUUGACCUUCGUUUCGGCUGGUUUUAUAGUUGCUCUUUGUAUAUUAGUGCGUCUGUUUAAGAAUCCUUGCUGCAUGAAAUUUUGUGUACGUGCUACAAGUGCCUGUGGAACUAGCAUAACAGGAGGAUUGCACUAUCGAGCGUUGGAAUGUGUUAAGUGCUUGUAUCUUAAAGCCAGGGUCUCAAGUACCGAGAUCUGGCAGCAAGUGCAAAACAGUUGCUGCGUAGUUACUCCGUUUUGAGUGCGCGACACACCCCCUUUUGCCCCCCAAAACCAUUUGCAGAACAACUUAGAGGUACUCGAGACUUCUGAGUUUCCACUGUGGUUUGGGGGCGUUUUAGGCUUGGUGAUGGUGACUGAACCAAGCCCAUGUUAUAGUAAGGUAGGAUCUAGGUAGGAGGGAAUCUUAACGUAGGA